GUAAACACAGCGCCGCUUCUCUUCUUGCCUGUAACAAACUUUAAACGUAAUUAGCGCCUGGUGUCCUUACUCUGCGGACUUGAUGUCUUUGUAAUUGAAUAGUGAUAAUGUUGAUGAUUUGGUGCAAUAUGGACUCAUGACAGCGGUGGAGGGAAGGCGUACAUAGCGAGCGUUGGCAGGUGGAGUGGCAGUGUGGGUGGUGGCGUGGGGCAGCUGGCGGUGGAGGUGCUGUAGUGGCUGUGUGCUGGCUGGUGCGGGCAGUCCUCCCUGCUCGCUCCUCCCUGGCUCGACCCCCACGCACGCCUGGAGCCUACUCCACUCCACCAGCAGCACCUCCUGGAGCCUACUCCACACACUCCCUCCAAAUCCGUCAUGUGGAAUUCACUUCGGACGAGGAAAUUAUUAAUAUUUCUCGAUACAAAAAGAUAAAAUGUUGAUUAUCUAAACCUAUAGUUAACGAGAUUUCAAAUAAUAAUUGUAAACAUGCUACAUAUACGUUUAUCUUAAGAAUUUGCGAAUUUCACUAGUUUAUGCGGAAGGUGAAUUACUUCCGGAAGUUGUCCCCGUGUUUUUACUAAAGAAAAUCUUGCCCCAAGAGUUCAAAAUAGUGGCGUGACGACCGGUGUUGGUAUAGAGCUCUUACUGUGUGAACUUGACACUUACACAUCAGUCUCCGGUUUCAUGACUGAAGAAUGAAUACACACUGAAGGUGAGAGUACUAUAGCGUGUUCUGUGAAGCCGGCGCCUCGCAGUAUAGAGGUGCCAUCACACGACGGCAACUAUAGCCUCCUAUUUAGAAGAAUAGGAUAUAGUUGAGGUGGAUUGGGCGUCCGGUGUCCGGACCAGAGAGAGCCGCCUGCAACACCUCCGAUAUGGACAGCACUGCGACUCUGUACCACGCCCUGCGAACUGUGUUGUACCUGUGGGCGCUGACGGCGGCCUGGCGGUGUGGAUUGGUCGACGCUCUGGGCUCCCCGCUCCUGGGUCCAGAUAUAAUGAGCUUCGAGUCCCUGCCGCCUCUGACGCUGUGGCACCCGGCCUCCAGUCCCCUGGCGCCCUCUCCCCCGGUACAGUCCGGCCUUCCGGCUCCAAAAGGAACCGAUUUCGACGGGCCUGACCCAGGCCUAAAUGCUGCCAUUAUUACUGUGCCGACGAAGCCCUGUCCGAGUGGGUACCGGUUGGACUUGAACGAGGUGUGUCGCCUUAAGUUUGGUUACGGACCAAACCCAUUCUACUCCUUUACGCCCGAGAACUUCAAGGGCGACGUCCAGUUCUACAUGGGCCUUCAGGUUGGUGGUGAAUUUCCUUCAAGAAGAAGAGGACGUGUAAGAGGACGUCCACGAGCCCCUUUAUUCCAAGAUUCCUCUAACCCUGGUCAAUCCUCUGAUGAUGAUGAUGACUAGCAACUGUCUGCUAAUUU